UACAAAUAUUUAAAGAGAAGACAGAGAAAGGCUGAUUUACACAGAUUUUGGGUGCGACCAAUAUUUAGUGUACAAAAAAGAUAUCAACAAGGGGACAGUGAUAAUCUAAUCAAGGAGAUAAUCAAUACUGAUCCUGACAAAUAUUUUGAAUAUUUUCGUAUGAAUAUUGAUGUAUUUAAUAAAUUAUUAGAGUUAAUUGAGCCAAGUAUCACAAAACUAGAUGUUGUCAGAUCUCCAAUAUCAGCAACUACACGAUUACAAAUAUGUUUACGAUAUUUGGCAUCAGGCGAUAGCAUGCACUCAAUUUCGUUUGCAUUUCGCGUUGGACUGAACACAGUAUCUAAGAUUGUGUCUGAAACAUGUCAGGCUAUUUGGGAUAAUUUGAAAGAUAUAGUUUUUCCUGAAAAUUCUGAAAAUUUAUGGCUACAAAGAGCAAAAGAGUUCGAAGAAUUAUUGGAUUUUCCAAACUGCAUUGGUGCCAUUGACGGAAAACAUGUUGUACUUCAGGCUCCACCUCAUGGGUCAACGUAUUAUAAUUAUAAAAAUUCUCACAGCAUUGUGCUUUUAGCAGUCGCAGAUGCCAAUUGCUGCUUUACAAUCGUAGAUAUUGGUGCUGAAGGUAGACGAAGCGAUGGAGGAAUAUUCCGUGAUAGCAAACUUGGGCAUCAAUUAGAAAAUAACGAUUUAAAGUUACCGAAAGCAAGGUCAAUUUCAGAAAACGGUCCAACAUUACCAUAUGUUUUAGUGGGAGAUGCAGCUUUUGGUUUAACUUCGUAUAUGCUACGUCCAUACCCUCAAUCGUGCAAUUUGAAUAUUAUAAAAAGUAUAUUUAAUUACCGAUUAAGUCAUACUCGGAAAGUUGUUGAAUGCACUUUCGGUAUUUGGACUGGCAGAUGGAGAAUUUUUCGAAGGCCUCUUAUAACAAAUGUUGAUAAUGCAAUUUUGAUUGUUCAAUCAACUGUCUGUUUACACAAUUUCUUGAUGAUGAAAGAUCUUAAUCUUCCUAUAGAAAACAGAUCAUAUUCUGUAAAUAUUCCUUUACAAGAUCAAAAUUUAUGUCAAGGAUUAUACAGUCUUGAAAGUUUAAAAAAUAAUACAUUUUGUGGGAGUACUGUGAGAGAUCAAUUUACGCAAUAUUUUUCUACAUCUGGAGCUAUAAACCAACAGUGGACAAAAGCUUAUACACGUGAUUAUUAAAUACAAUUUUAUUUGAAAAAUAAACAUUGGUUCUUUAUCAUUUACUCAUACAUAUUUUAUAUACAUAAACAGUCUUAUAUGUAUAACAUGUAUAAACAAUCUUUUAAUCUUAUAAACAGACUUUUCUCGAUGUUAGUUAAAUACUUGUAACACUUUUAGAAAUCUGUGUUUCACACACACAAACAUCUCUUUAUAUGAAACUCUUCUAAUCUAAUAUUUUCUAAUACUUUUUGGUACUUUUAAAACGUCUUGAGUAGACUUCUCUGCAAAAUUUUACUGCUUAUUUACUACUUUUUUUAUAAACUAAAAUAAUCGUAUUCUAUAAUCUUAUAAUUAUCUCAUUUUUCUUUACUUUUAUCAC